AUGGCCUCGCAAGGGCAGGGAGCGAUGGACCCUGCCGUACUCGAUGACAUAAUCAGACGGCUCACGGAGGUCCGAUUAGCCCGGCCGGGAAAGCAGGUUCAGCUUUCGGAGUCUGAGAUCAAACAGCUUUGUGUUGCUUCCAGAGAAAUCUUUCUUCAGCAGCCCAAUUUGCUCGAGCUGGAAGCCCCAAUCAAAAUCUGCGGUGACAUCCAUGGGCAAUACAGUGACCUAUUAAGGCUCUUUGAAUAUGGCGGUUUCCCACCUAGUGCAAAUUAUCUUUUCUUAGGCGACUAUGUGGAUCGUGGCAAACAGAGUUUAGAAACAAUCUGCCUCUUGCUUGCCUAUAAAAUUAAAUAUCCAGAGAACUUCUUUCUGCUAAGAGGGAAUCAUGAAUGUGCCUCUAUUAAUCGUAUAUAUGGAUUCUAUGAUGAGUGCAAGCGGCGAUUUAAUGUGAGACUUUGGAAAUCCUUCACUGACAGCUUUAACUGCCUUCCUGUGGCUGCACUUAUAGAUGACAAAAUAUUAUGCAUGCAUGGUGGUCUUUCCCCUGAUUUGACAAACUUGGAUCAGAUCAGAAACUUACCUCGUCCAACUGCUGUUCCUGAUACCGGCUUGCUUUGUGAUUUGCUCUGGUCAGAUCCUGGUAGAGAUGUUAAGGGAUGGGGAAUGAAUGACAGAGGAGUCUCAUAUACAUUUGGCCCCGAUAAGGUGGCAGAGUUCUUAAUGAAGCAUGAUUUGGACCUUGUUUGUCGUGCCCAUCAGGUUGUGGAGGAUGGUUAUGAAUUCUUUGCCGACAGGCAACUUGUUACAAUUUUUUCAGCCCCCAACUACUGUGGUGAGUUUGACAAUGCUGGUGCAAUGAUGAGUGUAGAUGAGAACUUAAUGUGCUCUUUCCAGAUUCUUAAGCCAGCCGAGAAAAAAACAAAGUUCAUGAUGUCAACAAAAAUGUGA